UUUCUCUCCCGGGUCGCGUUUUCCUUCGCAAUGGGUGCCCGGCAUCGUACGAAAGCUGUAUAAGAACUGGUGCUAGAGUUCACAGGACCUAUCCUCGAGCCCCUUUUGCGCCUGGUCUUGUCAGCCAAAGUGUCUCUACUGACCUCCUUCAUUCGUUGACCGUGUCACAUUUAACAGCCGACAUCUGCUCAUUACAGAAAUCAAGUGGGAGACCGCUCUGAAAUAAAUCAGCGAAGCUCUUGUAAUAAUUGACAAUUCACGCCUUCAGCCAACACUCCUCCUAGCUACCUACUACCACCACCAAGAUGGCAGGUGACACCCCAACGCCCUCCGUCGCUGGCGACAGCAAGCCGCUCCCGAAGCGUCCCGGCACUUCAGGCACCGAGAACCUCCUCAAGACAAACCGCCGCCAGGCUUCGGAUAACUACCAGCGCGCCCAGCGCGCCGAGCGGGCCUACCGCGCAAAGAAGCGCGCCACCGCCGCCCGCGCCGACCUCUCGGACGCAAAGACUCACUACGCUGAGUGCUUCAAGCACCUCACCCGCGGUCUCGCCGUCACCAUCUCAGCCGUCAAGUCGCUCCCCUAUGUCUUUGACGAGCGCCAGGAGGCUGCCCGCCAAAAGGCCGAGGUCAAGAAGAAGCAGCGCGCCCUUGAGAAGAAGAAGAAGCUCGAGGAGAAACUUGCCCGCGAGACGGCCGAUGCAGAGGCCGAGUCCACGCCGGCCGAGGGUGCCGAGGAUGCUCCCGCCGAGGAGAAUGCCGCCUGAUGGACCCUUCCUCCGCACGGUUGAGGUGUCUUGAGGCCUGGCGUCUUCGUCUUCCAUUUUGCGGCUCCCUCUCCGGAACGACACUGCCGCCUUCCUCCUUCGUGUUGGCGUGACGUGACCUCUUGUUCGUUUCACGCACAACAAUAAUCGCAACUCUCCCUUCAGGCAUACUCGCCAUACGUCCCUCCCAGGGCACCCCACACUCAUUUUCAC